AUGACCGAAGGAGGUCAUCCAAUGUAAGUAGAUCAGUAUAGUAAGUAUGCAUGGUUCGGUAAUGCUAGCACAUCAAAGCUAGCUCUUUCAAUUCAUAUACGUCGCAGAGAGCGAGUGCCAGGUUCAGUUGUCCAAUUCACGCACGAGAAGAAGCUCGAAUUUGCUUGACAAUAUCGGAGGUGCACUGCACUGCACCAACCCAACGGCACAGGCAUAGUCGAUCUGACAGACAAGCAAGCAGGGAACUGAAAGAGAGAGAGAGAAGAAUAUAACCCGAUCGUCUCUGCCUUCCAUUUUGCUUGUGCACAGAAGCUUCCACUUUCUAGCUUGCUAGCUUAGCCUGACGACGAGAGGAGGCAUGCAGAGCUAAGCCGCCAUUAGCAAGAGAGGAAGAAGAAGAAGAAGAAGAAGGUAGCUGAAGCCAUGAAGCCGGGGGGGAGCAGCGGGCGGCUGCACGCCCUGCGGUUCGAGUCGCAGAGGUUCAGGCUGCUGACCAUCGUCGUCGGCUGCUUCCUCAUCUCCCUCACCUUCCUCCUCUCCUCCCGCCCCGACGCCACCGUCUUCUCCACCCCAAAAGUCUGAACUGCAUUGCAUAUGCAGUGAGCCCCAGGGAGUCGUUGGAAGACGCACGCAUGCCGGCGAUGAAGAUGCUGCACCGAUCAUCGUCCGGCGGCCUCACCCGGGAUUUCCAUGUCGACAUCCUGCCGCAGCAGGGAGAGAGACAUGCUCAUAUGCAGCAGAGCGUCGAUCAAACCGCUGAAAAGACAGAAUGGGUGAAAGACACGGUGAUAAUCCAGGAGGUCGCCGGCGAGAGAUCGGAAGAGGCGGAGGAGGCGGCGGAGCGUGUCGCGGCAGAUUCCGGCGACGAGGCUGCACCUGCAGUCGCCGACGAGGACAACGCCGUGAAGACCACGGCCGCCGUGGAAGAAACCACUGCUCGUCCCGACCAGCCAUUGGAGGAGAAGAAUCAGCAGCAGCUUCCGGUGAAGCUGCAGGACGCCGGCGAGCCAGCUCGCACGCCGGAGCAAACGGUGACGUCACAUUCCGUGGACCGGCGGCCGCUCUGCGACUUCUCCGACUUCCGCACCGACAUCUGCGACUUCUCCGGCGACGUCCGCAUGGCGGCCAACACGUCGGAGUUCGUCGUCGUCGUCGACCCGGCGGCGGCGGCGGUGUCGCACAAGGUGCGGCCGUACCCGCGGAAGGGCGACGCGACGUGCAUGGGGCGCGUCACGGAGAUCACCGUGCGCGCCACGGGCGACGCGGCGGGCGCGCCGCGGUGCACGCGGGCGCACGACGUGCCCGCCGUGGCGUUCUCCAUCGGCGGGUACACGGGCAACAUCUUCCACGACUUCUCCGACGUGAUCGUGCCGCUGUACAACACCGUGCAGCGCUACCGCGGCGGGGUGCAGCUGGUGAUGGUGAACGUGGCGUCGUGGUGGCUCGUCAAGUACGACAAGCUCCUCCGCGAGCUGUCGCGCCACGCGCCGAUCGACCUCGCCAAGGCCGGCGCCGCCGGCGAGGUGCACUGCUUCCCGAGCGCCGUCGUCAGCCUCCGCGCGCACCGGGAGCUCAUCAUCGAGCGGGAGCGCAGCCUGGACGGGCUGGCGACGCCGGACUUCACGCGGUUCCUCCGCCGCGCGCUGUCGCUGCCGCGCGACGCGCCGACGCGGCUCGGCGACGGCACCGGGCGGCGGCCGCGCCUCCUGGUCAUCUCCCGGGGGCGCACCAGGCUGCUCCUGAACCUCGACGCCGUGGUCCGCGCGGCGGAGGAGGUCGGGUUCGAGGUGGUGGUGAACGAGUCGGACGUGGGGAACUCCAUCGAGCAGGUGGGGAAGCUGAUCAACUCGUGCGACGCGCUGCUCGGCGUCCAUGGCGCCGGCCUGACGAACAUGAUGUUCCUGCCGCCGGGAGCGACGAUGGUGCAGGUGGUGCCAUGGGGCGGCCUCCAGUGGAUCGCGCGCAUGGACUACGGCGAGCCGGCGGCGGCGAUGGGGCUCAACUACAUCCAGUACGAGAUCGCCGUCGCCGAGAGCUCGCUCAAGGACAAGUACCCCGCCGGCGACGAGAUCUUCACCAACCCGACGGGUCUGCACAAGAGAGGGUUCGCCUUCAUGAAGCAGACGCUCAUGGACGGCCAGGACAUCACCAUUGACGUCACCCGAUUCAGGCCAGUGUUGCAGCAAGCUCUCGACAACCUUGCCACCAAGUAGAUUAUGAUUACAUUUUGUUCCUAGUUCAUCUCAUCACAUUCACAUUCUUUUACCCUCUUCUUUUCCAUCUCUCGAAGAUUAUAUAUAUUGAAUGCACACACUUGCAACUAUAUACUAUUACACUGUAAUUAAGAUAGAAUUUUAAUGGGCGAAUACAAAAAUUGAGAGAGGAGAUUGUCUGUUCUUGUGUACUGCUAGUCCUUUGAUAUAAGUCAAGUUGUGAAAGAAAGCUUACCAGGUAGUGGCUACAGCUUGAAAUAUUUGUCAGUACUAUUUGCUCA